GUCAUAAAAGGACCUCGAGCCCUAUGGGCUGUUGAUAGAUGGAUCAAGCUAAUGCUACGGGUUCCCACUCACGAGGAGGGAUCCAGCAUUUUUUGGGAGUUUGCAACUGACUCCUAUGAUCUGGGAUUUGGUCUCUUUUUUGAGUGGAACCUUGCACCCCAGGAGAACAUAACAAUAACCAUUUCUGAGUCAAGUGACGAAGAGGAGGAGGAGGAAGAGGAAGAAGAAGACGGGGAUGGGAGUGCAGUUGAGCCUGCGUCAAAACCAAGAAACACUACCACCACUCCAGAUGAGGCCGACGUGGAAAGUGGAGGUGGGAACAGCAGAAGCAAAAAGCUCGCUAACACCCCACCGACUGACGAGCUGAUACCGGUCUACCGCCGAGAUUGUCACAUGGAGGUGUAUUGUGGCAGUCAUCAAUAUCCCGGAUGUGGUGUCUACAUCUUCAAAUUUGACAACUCCUUCUCUCUUUGGCGGUCAAAAUGGCUCUACUAUCGAAUCUUCUAUGGGAAAUGA